AUGUUUUUGUCUAAAUCAUCUCUCCUAGGACCUAGAGUCUUAAACUACUCCUCACUCUACCCAAAUAAAAACUUUGAAACCCAAAAAUCGUUUGCCCGCCAUUUUUUCACUCACUCAGCUCUUCAAUCAUCUUCAUCAAGGGUUUACGAUUUCCCCUCUAAAAUUAUACUCGAAUUUCAAUUUCACCGGCAAAAAUCAAUGACGACAUCUUCCAUACAAUUAAUCGACGACGAUGAAGAGGGUUUCGAUUGGGAUGCAGCGGUGCGAGAAAUCGAUGUCGCUUGUCAGUACACCGCCGGCAAAACCCUAGAAACGACGCCGCCUCCGCCGAUUGAAGGUGUUGUUGGCGGUAAUAAGUUAUUGAAGAAUUAUCAAUUGAACAAAUUUCAGAAUAAUUGCCGUCAAUCAACGCUUGAUAAGUUUAUCAGUAACGGGCUGUCGAGACCGUGUGCGGUGAGUGAAACUGGAUUUCGAGGUGAUGAUGAGCAAGUUAGGGUUCAAGAAAGGGGUUGCUAUGUUGAUAUUGAUCAUGAGGCUGCUAAAACUUGGAUUUACCCUGAAAAUGUUCCUCGUCGUGAAUAUCAACUUGCGAUAGCUAGGACGGCUUUAUUUUCAAACACAUUGGUGGCACUUCCUACAGGACUGGGGAAAACUCUCAUAGCGGCUGUAGUUAUGUAUAAUUACUUUAGAUGGUUCCCUCAAGGCAAGAUAGUUUUUGCUGCUCCUUCAAGACCUUUGGUCAUGCAACAGAUAGAAGCUUGCCAUAAUAUUGUGGGUAUACCACAAGAAUGGACAAUUGAUAUGACAGGUCUAACAAGUCCCCCCAAAAGAGCAUCCUUGUGGAAAUCUAAGCGAGUUUUCUUUGUCACGCCUCAAGUGCUUGAAAGAGAUAUUCAAUCAGGGGCGUGUCUUGUUAAAUAUUUAGUGUGUCUGGUGAUUGACGAGGCUCAUCGUGCAAUGGGGAAUUACUCUUACUGUGUGGCCAUUCGCGAGUUGAUGGCAGUUCCUGUCGAGCUGAGAAUAUUAGCUUUGACUGCUACCCCCGGGUCGAAGAAAGACACAAUUCAGCUAGUAAUUGACAACCUCCAAAUAUCAACGCUUGAAUAUCGCAAUGAAAGUGACACUGAUGUUUAUCCUUAUGUACACAAUAGGAAUAUUGAACUGAUUGAGGUUCCAAUGGGAAAAGAUGCUGAUGAGACAAAUAAUCUGCUCAUAGAUGUUAUAAGACCAAUUGCUGCCAAGCUUGGUGCAAUGGGAGUGCUAUCAGGCAGGGACUUCCAAACACUAAGCCCUUGUGAUUUGCUGAAUUCAAGGGAUAAAUUUCGUCAAGCACCACCGCCAGAACUUUCCCAUGUGAAGUAUGGUGAAGUAGAAGGUUACUUUGGUGUUCUUAUUACACUCUACCACAUACGCAAGCUACUCUCUAGCCAUGGAAUAAGACCAGCACAUGAGAUGCUCGAGGAAAAGUUAAAACAAGGGUAUUUUGCAAGACUUAUGAGUAGAAAUGAAGCCAUCCAGAGAGCAAAGGUCCUUAUGCAGAAGAGUUUAUCGCAUGGUGCCCCCAGCCCAAAAUUGUCGAAAAUGAUUGAAGUUUUGGUGGAUCAUUUCAGAAGGAACGAUCCAGAGAACUCAAGGGUAAUCAUUUUUUCCAAUUUUAGGGGAAGUGUCAGGGAUAUAUUGGAUUCAUUAGCCCAUAUUGGAAAUUCAGUUAAAGCGACUCAGUUUAUUGGUCAAAGUUCAGGAAAAACAUUGAAAGGCCAGUCACAGAAGGUUCAACAGGCUGUUCUCGAGAAAUUCCGGUCGGGUGGUUACAAUGUUAUUGUUGCCACAUCAAUUGGCGAAGAAGGCCUUGAUAUUAUGGAAGUCGAUCUUGUGAUAUGUUUUGAUGCUAAUAUAUCACCUUUGAGGAUGAUUCAGCGGAUGGGAAGAACUGGAAGGAAAAAUGAUGGCCGAGUUGUUGUUUUAGCGUGUGAGGGUACUGAGCUAAAAGGUUAUAAGCGGAAGCUAGCAACAGGUAAGACUGUUGGGAAGCACAUGCAAAAUGGUGGCAUGAACAGUUUCAAUUUUCAUUGCAGCCCAAGGAUGGUUCCUCAUCUUCUGAAACCAGAAUUGCGUUUUGUAGAACUAUCAAUUGAGAAAUUUAUUCGUCAUGCUAAAAAGGUCAAAGUUGAUUCCCCCCACCGACCUAAGUUUAGGGAGAGACUUACUGACGCUGAAGCUGCAUUGUUAGAGAGGUAUUACUUGCCCAAAGAGGCAAUAAAACCAUCUCUUGUUGCCUUUCCUUAUUUCCAGGCGUUUCCCUCUAGGGUGCAUAGAGUAAUGCAUUCAUCCCGAACCGGGUGCCUCAUUGAUGCAAUGCAGCUUCUGCAAGGGUUGUCAUCCUCCGAUUCUGGCGGAAAUUUCGGGCAUGAUCUUUCUAGGAGUGUUCAGUGCUUAAUAACUGGGAGUGUUGAUAAACGUACUGAAAGUGGAAAAGAUGUACUUGAUCCUGUCAAUCUCUCUCCUUCACAGAAUGAAAUAUCCAACUCUCAAGAUUCUCCACCUGACCCUUCAGUGGCUGAGAACGAUUUUUUUGAUUAUCCAGAUAGAGCACUGGGAAUUGUGGCUUCUAAUCCAGCCAUGUCACCAUCUGACAAACUUACAGUGCCGGCCUUUUCCAUUCAAGAUGUAAACGAAGUUCAUUCAGUAGGGAGAUUUCAAUUACCAGCUGACCAGAAGAUGUUAGAUGCAGCUGUAGGUGAUGCAAUAAUUGCCCAAACCCCAGCUUUUGAUGAGAAGUGCCCAAAUGAAAAUAUUGUCUGUGAGACUGCAGAUGCAACAGAACCCAAAUCCCCAGUGACACUGGCUGAUGAAUCUGACCAAGAUAUUGCAAAUUCUGAUUUCAGCCCUCGACUAACCAAUUUUAUUGAAAGUGGCUUUGUUCCAGAGUCUCCUCUGGGUAUUGGUGCAGGUGAAGAUAUCACUUCAUCUGAGAACAAUGGCGAUGUUGUGGACUCGCAAAAUGGUGAACAGAAACGGGACAUUAUUGUUCCAGAUAUCAUGUCCACGCCAAAACCUUGUGCAACUCCUUCAGUUAUUGCUAGUAGAGAGGUCACAGUCACCUCUUCCCCUCAGAGAAGAGAUACUAGAACUGUUAAUGAAAUGUCACCAGGGAUACGUGAUGUUAUCUCUAAAAUGGCAGGCACUUCUCAGUCCCCAUCUUCCCCAGAACAUCGAACUCCUUUGCAAAAUUUGACAAAUAGCAACUGCAGCAAAGAUUGGCGUAUGAGCUCUGGAAAAAAGUCUGGAUCAAGUGAACGUCCAUUUAGGUUAAAAAGGUUACGCAGGAUUGGGGAUUUGGCCAAAGAAAGGCUGCAAAACGGUGUAAAAGAGAAGUCAACUUGCUCCUCUGUAGAAGCUGCAUAUAAAGUAACUGAUGUACUUUCUAAGGUUACCAAGCAUAGCAAAGUUAGGAAACAUGAAGAUGCCAGAGACUUCAUUGAUGCAGAAGCUGAGGUUUCCUCAGAAGAUGUGGUGCCAGAUUCGGAAGAUGAGGGUAAUUAUGAGGAUAGUGAUGCAUAUGAAGAGAGUUUCAUAGACGACCAAUCUUAUCCCGUAGUUGGUAGUGGUCAAACAGAAGACAGUAAAUUGGAUAUGAUGGCAAUCUACAGGCGCUCACUUCUCACCCAAUCUCCAUUUCAAGAACAGCGCAGACCUAAUCUAGAUACUCCAGAAUCUGUGCCUUCUGUUGCUAGAGCGAGAGGAAGUUGCUUGAGAACUCCUGAAGAAUGCUUGAAAUCUCCUAAUGUUUCUACAAGAAACUCAGUGGAGUCUCGUUUGAAUCUGUCGGCAUGUGAAGCUAUACCUAGCAGCAGCAAGAAUGCUCUGGUAAAUGUUUCUAAUACAGAGAGUUGGAAAAGAAAAAUGAACUCAAGCAAAGCUCAUACUCUUCCUGCAAAGAACCUGGAGAAGGAAUUCUGCUCUAUUUCCACAGUUUCAAGAAAAGAAGCACCAUCAUCAGAUCAAGCCAAUGGUAUCGAGGCAGGCUGUAAUUCUUUCUUUGACGAUCAGUUUUAUGAGGGCCUUGAUCUUGAUGAACUAGAAGCGCAGGCAGCAAAGCUUCUCAGUCAAAGAACAGGGCCCUCUGUACAAAGAAGAAAAGUAUCUGAACCCUCACCACAUGACACCACAAUUUUUAGCUCUCCAACAUUUGAUCUCGGAAUUUAAUCAUCACUAACAAAAUUCUUUAUAUCACUCGUUAGUGAUUGAGAGAUUGCAGCAUCUAGUCAUCCGCCAUCACCUUCAAUUGACGCCUAGUCGGCUAGUCUCGAGACUAGAUAUCCAACACAAGCUUCUAUCUAAGUUAUUUGGAAGAUCGUGGAGUUCUGAGAGAAAGUUAUAGUGUAUAACCUGUACAGUGGGAGAAGAUAGCACUAGUGUAACUUUUUUGUAUGUCCAUUGAGAAUAUGAGAUGUAUCAGCUGAAAUGUUUUCAGUCUUUCGCUUAGAAUAUGACGAUGUGAAGUGUUAUAGUUGUAUAUAAUUGUACAAAAGCAAGAAUCUUGAAUUUCACCGUUGUACCAUCUUCACAAAUUUGUUGAGGACCUGGAUAUAAUAGGAUGCCCAGUUGAUUUGAAAAA